GGCUGUAAAUAGUGUCGUUGUGCUUUCCGUGCUUCCAGUUGUUACAGUGUCAUGGCGUACUACGCAACGAAGUUUUUAUUGCUAUCGUUGCUAGCCGCUAGCGGUUUGGCCCAACAACAGACCAGCGAAGAGCCGAAGAAAGAGGAGAGUUUCGAGGCCGAAAUUUGCAAAGACAAAGACGCCGGCGAGUGGUUUCGUUUGGUGAGCGGAGACGGCGAUACCUGUCGUGAUGUCAUUCAAUGCACGUCAUCAGGUCUACAAGCUAUCAGAUGCCCGGCCGGUUUGUACUUCGACAUCGAGAAGCAGACGUGCGAUUGGAAGGAUUCGGUGAAGAAUUGCAAGCUGAAGAACAAGGAACGCAAGGUGAAGCCGAUGCUGUUCACUGACAAGCCGAUUUGUAACGGAGCGGAUUUGCUGGCUUGCGGAGAUGGAGAAUGUAUCGAAAGGGGUUUCUUCUGUAACGGGGAAAAAGACUGUCAGGAUGGAUCCGAUGAAACUACCUGUGAUAUCGACAGUGAUCCAAACAGCGCGCCCCAUUGCGAUCCCACCGUUUGCGUCCUCCCCGAUUGCUUCUGCUCCGAAGACGGUACGGCCAUUCCCAAUGAUCUUCCUGCCAAAGACGUACCUCAGAUGAUCACAAUCACUUUCGACGAUGCCAUUAACAACAACAACAUCGGCUUGUACAAGAAUAUCUUCAACGGCGAACGUAAAAAUCCUAACGGUUGUGACAUCAAGGCCACGUUCUUCGUUUCUCACAAAUACACCAAUUACUCGGCCGUACAGGAGAUGCAUAGAAAAGGUCACGAGAUCGCCGUACACUCUAUAUCACACAAUGACGACGAACAGUUUUGGUCUAACGCCAGCGUAAACGACUGGGUGAAGGAAAUGGGAGGUAUGAGAAUCAUCACGGAGAAAUUCGCAAACAUCACGGACAACAGCGUCGUUGGUGUUCGAGCGCCUUACUUAAGAGUAGGAGGAAACAACCAAUUCACCAUGAUGGAAGAGGAAGCUUUCCUUUACGAUUCCACCAUUACAGCUCCAUUGAACAAUCCGCCAUUGUGGCCAUACACAAUGUACUUCAGAAUGCCGCACAAAUGCCACGGUAAUAUCCAACACUGCCCGUCUAGGUCACACGCAGUUUGGGAGAUGGUCCUCAACGAAUUAGAUAGAAGAGAAGAUCCCGAAAACGACGAGUAUCUACCUGGCUGCGCUAUGGUGGAUUCCUGUUCCAACAUAUUAUCAGGAGACCAGUUCUAUAACUUCUUGAACUACAACUUCGAUAGGCAUUACAACGAAAACCGCGCCCCGCUCGGUCUCUACUUCCACGCCGCUUGGUUGAAGAACAACCCCGAAUUCCUGGACGCCUUCCUCUAUUGGAUCGACGAAGUCCUGGCUAAUCACAACGACGUGUACUUCGUGACAAUGACGCAGGUCAUCCAAUGGAUCCAGAAUCCGAGAACGAUCUCCGAGGCCAAGAACUUCGAACCGUGGAGGGAAAAGUGCGUCGUCGAAGGUAACCAGGCCUGUUGGGUGCCGCACAGUUGCAAGCUCACCUCGUCCGAAGUUCCUGGAGAAACCAUCAACCUACAAACCUGCGUGAGGUGUCCGAACAAUUACCCAUGGUUGAACGAUCCCACUGGUGACGGCAUUUACUAAGUCAGUUCUAGUUGAAUUUAUAGGGUAGUUUCAUUAAAGCGGCGUCGCCCUUUCAAGUGGGUAUUCUAGUGAUCAAAUGUUAACAAUUAUUUUUCGUAUUUAUUUGACUGUUUACGUGAUUUAUUUCUUGUUAUAACGGAAACUAUGAUUUAGACUGUUAAAGAAUUUUGCUCGAAGCAUAAGUGACUCUCACUUUUUUAUGUAAUAUACACUCCUAUUAGGUUUUUUUUGUAAAAAAAUGUAUUUUUUUGUAUGUUUUAUAGGAAUAAAUAAAAUUAAUUCAACAGUAUA